GAUGUGAGCCACCAUAAUGGUGGCAAUUAAUACACUUUUUAUAUUUAGCCUGUAGUUCAGGCUCUAGUGACCACCCUCUGAAUGUGUAGCACCUUCCACCCCCACUUCUGUCGCUCAGCUCAGCUCAUGCCCAGGUUGAUGCCACCUGUUUCUCUGUUCCUCCUGCAGUCUGAAUGAGUUCACUACCCAUGGCAGUGGAGAGAGCACAAAAACAGCCUCUGUUCGUGCCUUGCUCUUCGACAUCUCCUUCCUCAUGCUGUGCCACGUGGCCCAGACCUAUGGCUCAGAGGUGAUUCUCUCCGAGGCAAGCUCAGGAGAGGAGGUCCCCUUCUUUGAGACCUGGAUGCAGACCUGCAUGCCUGAGGAGGGCAAGAUUUUGAACCCUGACCACCCUUGCUUCCGGCCUGACUCCACCAAAGUAGAGUCCUUGGUGGCCUUGCUCAACAACUCCUCUGAGAUGAAGCUAGUACAGAUGAAGUGGCAUGAAGCCUGCCUGAGCAUCUCAGCAGCCAUUUUGGAGAUCCUCAAUGCCUGGGAGAAUGGGGUGCUGGCCUUCGAGUCCAUCCAGAAGAUCACUGACAAUAUCAAGGGAAAGGUAUGCAGUCUGGCAGUGUGCGCUGUGGCUUGGCUUGUGGCCCACGUCCGGAUGCUGGGGCUGGAUGAGCGUGAGAAGUCGCUGCAGAUGAUCCGUCAGCUGGCAGGGCCACUGUACAGUGAGAACACCCUGCAGUUCUACAAUGAGAGGUCAGUAACCUGCCCUGCCCUUCCCGCCCCUCCCCUGCAGCCGUGUGGUGAGGAGUCAGCCCUCCAGGGACACAGGCAUCCCACUCUGAUGCUCUCUCUCGGCCUCCACCUUCCCAGGUAGCCGCUCACUAAGCCA